AAUUCCUUCACAAACGCUUCCAGAGUCGACACCAGACAUUGCAGAGAAAGAAGAAAUCACACAAAAUUGCAAACUUCAUCAUCAAAGAUGGAUAAGGGUCUUAAUGAGAUUAAUUAUGAAACCUCUGCAGAUUCAACAACGGUUGAGAAAUUGGAAUCACUUUUGGACGCAAUCGAGGAUCUUGAAAGGCAGGAAUCAGAAGUCCAAUCCCGUUGUAUUGUAGAAUAUGCGAAAUUGUUGGCUGAGGUUAGUGAGCUCGAGGAUAUGCUACAAAAUGAUGUAGGAGGGGAUUUUGUGUAUGGCAUUCUUGAUGACAGUAUAAAUGAGUCUAAGGAGAGACUGAAUAUGCUGAAGAAGGAGCUCGCAUCUAAAUUAAGAGCUAUCUUACUGCUAAGAAGACAGCUUGAUGACAUUCCCGUACCUGCUGAACUCCUCCAGUACGAACUAUGCUUUUCACAGCUUUAUACCAGCAUUCAGAAAAAGCUUCGACAAACUCGAAAAUACUAUGAAACCUUCAAUGCACUACUGGAGAUAAAGGAGUUAAUGCUAAAGGAGACAUCCUUGCUCAACUCCAUAAGUUCACAGUUCCAAAAUGCCAUCACCAGCCCCACUGGCCGAACAAAACUCGUUGAUUCCAUGAAGGGCAUUCUGCAGGGGAUUCAGCAGAAACUGGAAAAAGUGCAAUUAGCGUUCGAAUCUGAGCAAAAGGCUUGUGAGGCUCUAAAAGAGAAGCAUAGAAUAGCUAUUUCAGAGCAAAGACACUGCUACUCUCUCUUGAAGGCUUUCCAGGAGGAAUGUGCAAGGAAUGAGAGAUUGCGGCAAGCCCGGACUUUACAACCAUCCUCAUGAUGCUGCACAAUCCUCAAGUGUUAUCUACAUGGAUUACAUAAUCGUACUGGGUGUGAUGGUCAAGUUUUGGAUUUACCUGACAGCUUUGAUUAGACAGAAGAUUGCGCGUGCUGCAUCUACAUUUGAUAUGACCAUCAUCUCAACUUGUAUAUAUUCCUUGACUUUGUAUACCCUAUUCUGAUAAAUCUUGCAUGCUAGCAUACAAGAUUUCUGAAAAUCUCACUCUGAUAUAAAUGAUUGUUAUUGCUUGUUGUGUAGUCUUCAUCAGCCAAUGCAAUCCCUUGGAGUUUACCAA